UUCUCUUGAAGGGCUGGAAGUUGUGCCAGUUAUAGUCUGGGUUCUAAAUGUAAGGUCUCAUUUUGACAGGACGGCUUCUGGUCACCACUUGACUGGGUGAGAUUCGGAUAAUUUAACUCUCAAGUGAUCAUUUGUAAUUUCCUGACAAACGUCAGAAAGGACACCUUGGUCAUGGCGCUGUUUGCAGCCACACUUGGUGUGAUGAUGCUGUCGGGAUCCAUCAACCUCUCAGCAGGAAACAAGGACGCCUGUGACCUCUACGCUGGGGUUGGACAGAAUCUACCUCUGUCUUUUGUCUAUGAGGGACUGGCAAACACACAUGUGCUGAGAUGGACUCACAAUAACACAAUCAUUUUUUUCAGAAAGCAAGGCAAAGUAUUAGUUGGAAAGACAGAGGACAUUUCUGCAACUGGAUCUCUUCUGUUGAGGAGCCUACAGUUCUCGAGUGCAGGGGCUUACCAAGCACAUGUGCUGCAUCCAAAUGGGACUGUGGCUAAAACAUGGAGCCGUCGUCUCUGUGUGAUGGACAAGGUACCAAAACCUCAACUCUCUUACGUCUGUGACUUCAAGUCUAGUGCUGUUAAAUUAAAUUGCAAAGUAGCCGAACCUCAGGGUUUGGUGUUCUCAUGGACGCUCGAUGAAAGGACAUUGACAAGCGAAACCAAACAAACAUUGAGCAUUUCCUUGGCACAGUUGAAGGGGGAGCGGAGCUUCACAUGCAGCGUGGCAGACAGAGUCAGCAAGGAGAAGAGCGACACUCUCCGUCCGACCUGUAAACGUCCGUCACCAUCACCACCGCCUUUGCUUUGUUUUCCGUCCAAAACUGUUGUGGCCGCGGCAGCAGGCGGAGUAAGUCUGAUUCUGCUUUUGCUCGUCAUUACCGUCACAUUAUGUUGCUGCCACAGACGCAACAAAACCCGAAUGAGACUCGGGGAAAAGGGGGAUGUGAGAAUGCUUUCUCUGAGCAAGCGAGAGCCGGACCCCAUCAGCCCAGAUUACGAGACCAUGCACCCGGCUGAGGACUCUCCUCCCCCGAGCCCCAAGCCUUCACCAAGGGCCUGUUACCAGAACCUUUCUAGGCCUGGAGCUCAGAUGGGAAACAUCACUCUGCAGCCAUCCACAGCUGCUGAGGGACAACAACCUUCACCUGUGCCAAAGCCAAGGACCAAGAGUCCUCAGACAUCAAAUAUCUGAAUGUGCCUCCAUCCUCUUCUGCCAUCCUUCCAGGGACAAAGAAAAAAAGAAAAGACUUUUGUGGCUUGAUAACAUAAUAACUGAUCCAAAAUUAAGAAGUCUAAUAUUCUAACUUACAGCUUGGUGUAUGCAGUAUAUUGACAAUGGAACUAUCUUUGUAGGAUCAAUGGGCUAAAUCGUCUUGUGUUAAAUAAGCUUUAAAUGUAAUGUAAUGGCUCAUAUAGUUUGAUGAGUGGUUGGAGGCUAUGGGUUGGUGAGGUGUUGUGUGAUCCCAGCUACAUCUUAUUUUACAAUAAACGCUGCUUGAGGAAUUUCAUAACUGAUUUGAUGUUCUAAUGUGUUAAUGCUAGUGUUGGUCUUAUCGGAUUUAUUCUAUGACUGACACAAAUUGAAUUUCAGACCAAAGAAAAGAGAUUUGGUUGUUUGAUGCUGAUAUUCUGUUAUUUUUCUUAAAGUCAACAAAUUCAAAUGUUUCCAACUUCCUUACCCUGUCUGUGGCACUGACAUACAAUUUAAUUUGUUUUAAAAAAAGGCGACAGAAGUUACUAAAACAGCAGGGCACUGUAGUUUUGACCAAACGUGCCUAUAACAAGA